AUGGCUCCAACAAGAAUAAUUGAUGCAAUGACAUUAUCUGAAAGUGAAAUGAAUGACUCGAUUGCCUUGUUUCAUUUACUUGUUCGAAACACGGACAAUGAGAAGAAACCAGUGAAACCAAUAAAUCAACAGAGGAUGACCAUGAAGGAUUUAAAAAGUUUAUUUAGAAGAAUAGGAUACAAGAUUUCGAAUGAGGAAUUGAAAGCAAUUAUUCGAAACAUUCACGAAAGUUUCUCUUCUCUUGGUUUGGGAAGGAUGGAUGGGCCAGUAGAUUCUAUAAAUUUCAAACAGUUUCUCCACUUGAUUCAUGAUGAACCAGAACUAGAUUUUGGAAGAGAACAAUUAUUGGAAUCCUUUAGAAUACUUUCGGAAAAACCAUCUAAUGGCAAACCAGUUCAGAGAGGGUUCAUCUACAUUCAAGAUUUAGAAAGAUAUUUAUUCGAAUUCAGUCCACUCACCAAACCUUCAGAAAACUCAGAACAUUCCACCCAUUUCGCCUAUUCGAAAUCAAUUAUUUCACACGAGGAAUACACCAAAUUGUUAACCAUUCUCGAUCCCUACUCGAGUGGAAAGAUUAAUUAUGAAAAAUUUGUAGAAAUGUUAAUAAUUGAAAGUUCCAAAUAA